GAGCUCCAAGUAGAACAUCAGAACAAAGAUGCGCGCCUUCAUCGUCCUGUGCCUCGUGGCAGUCGCCUGCGCCGACAAGCUCGGCUACAACUACCGACCGGUGGGACACUCCAACGCCGGCCUGUCCUUUGCUCCUGGCAGCGGCAGCAUCAGCGGUGGCAGCAUCGGAGGAGGACUCCAAGGACUUGGAGGCAGCCUGGGAGGUGGCCUAGGAGGCAGCCUGGGAGGCGGCAGCAACUACGGCAGCCUGGACAGCGGUCUGAGCGGUGGCUCCAGCGGCCUGUCUGGACUUGGUCUGGGAUCCUCCGAUCUGGGAUCCUCUGGUCUUGGCUACUCCGGUCUUGGCUCCUCUGGUCUGGGAUCUUCCGGUCUGGGAUCUUCCGGUCUGGGAUCUUCCGGUCUGGGAUCCUCCGGUCUUGGCGGUGGCGUCAGCUACAACGCCCCUGCCCCAUCUGCUGAACUCAACAAGGAAUUCUUCACCUUCUCCGCCAACGAGGAGGACUUCGAUGAGCCCCAGGAAUUGGAACGCGUCUCGAGCUCUGUGAACAAGGGUCUGCGCGUCGUCUUCAUCAAGGGACCCGAGAACCGUGGCCUGGAGAACGCUGCCCUGGCCCUGGCCAAGCAGGCUGCCCAGCAGGAGACCGCCAUCUAUGUCCUGAACAAGCAGGCUGACAUCGGAGAUCUGGCCAACAAGCUGAAUGCCAUCCGCAGCAACUCCAACAACAAGCCCGAGGUGCACUUCGUCAAGUACCGCACCCCCGAGGACGCUGCCAACGCACAGCGUGCCAUCCAGUCGCAGUACGAUCAGUUGGGUGGAUCUUCCCAAGCCCAUGAUGGUGGUGUUGCCCCCGCCCUGAACUUCGCCUCUGCCUCGCAGGUGCGUCAGCCCAAUGCCCAGAUCCCCGAGAACUCCUACCUGCCCUCGUCGGUGCUGCGUCGCCUGCGCUUCCGUUACUAGGAAGGCCUCAGCCCCAGCCCUGGCUCCAGCCUCUGGAGCUCUUCCAUCUGCCAUUUGUUAGCUCUUGUGUUAUCUAUUGAUUUGUCGAUCGACCCAAAUACAAUUAUAUUUUAAACC